AUGUCUAUCACCAAAAAAAUUUUAUUGGAUCAUGUAUCCGUAAAUACAUCAAAAACUAUCUCUGCACCAAUUACAGAAGAUACUUUUGAAGAAACAGUCCUGAAAAAUGUCGAACAAAUAAAAAUCGGUUUAGAGGCGGUAUUUUUCGUUAAUAAUUUUAAAAGUCGUGCACAGUUUCUCUCUGUUUUAUGUAUAGAACGAGGAGAUAAUUUGUUUCUAUGUCUUCCGCCAGGUUCUGGUAAGACCAUUACGUUUUUGUCCACAGUAAUCGCAGAAAUUGACUGUACAUCAGUCAUCGUACUGCCUACUAUUAUACUGUGUGAACAGUAUAUGAACAUAUGUCAAAAAGCUGGAUUACCGUAUAUCGUUUUUAAUAUGAAUAUCACUGCCGCUGAAAAACGUAAAUUAAUGAAACUGUCCAUGGAUUCAUCCUCAGAAUUCAGUGAAAAUUAUAACAUUAUUUUAACAACUCCAGACAGUUUCAUUGGAGAAGAUCUAAGAUUUAUUCUUAGUAAUUUAUACAAGAAUAAAAAAUUAAAGAAAUUUAUCGUUGAUGAAGCCUAUCUCAUAUUCGAUCAAGGAUUAGGUUUCCGUCCGAACUAUCUAAAGAUGUUGAGCUAUUUUGAUACCUUACGUGAAACCCAUACAUUAAGUAAGGAAGAAAAGGAUGAAGCUAGAAGAAAAUAUGAGAGCAGUGAUAACUCAGUAUUUAUUACGACUGCUGGAAAUUUGGUAGGUGUAGACCUUCAAACUUGUUCAGUUAUCCUCCACCAUGGUCUCCUUACCAAUAUCUCCACCUACUUCCAAGAUAUUGGUCGUUUAAAUAGAGGAGGCGGUAUUGCAUUUUCAAUUUUAUACAGCACGUCAUAUGCUGUAGGAUCAUUAAAAAUAAUUCUAACCAUUUAG